GGAGGGAGCCGCCGGGAGCGCUCGGGUGCCGCCGCCUGUUGCACCAGCGCCCCGUGCCGCCAGCCAUUGUCCCCCGCUCCCCGCCGCUGCAGGAGGCCGAGCAGCCCCGCCCGCGGGGUCUCUCUCAUUUUAAUAUCAGAAAAUUGGUGUCUCUGAUGAGAACUUUGUUUAGGACCCGUAUAUUGCUUUCUGCUGCGAUUCUCUGUGCUUGACUUGGAGGUCUUGAAAGAAGCUGCACGCUGCUGCAUGCAGUUACAGUAAGUGUUCGGGUCAUGAAACUUAAUCCACAGCAAGCUCCGUUAUAUGGUGACUGUGUUAUUACAGUACGGCUGACGGAAGAAGCUGAACUUGAAGAUGAUGUAGUUUUUUACUUGGUGUUUACUGGCUCCGCUGUCCAACACUGCACAAGCACUAGAAAAAUUAAUCGUGGGACAUUGGAGACCAUUGCUCCUGGCCAUGACUGCUGUGAGACAGUGAAGGUGGCACUUUGCGCUGCCAAGGAAGGGCUUCCUGUUCUAGUGGUGGCAGAGGAAAGUUUUCAGUUCAUUCAGGAUGAGGCCUAUGAUGCAGCUCAGUUCCUAGCAACCUGCGCUGGAAACCAGCAAGCACUGAACUUCACAAGAUUCCUGGACCGGUCAAGGCCUCCCUCUGGAGAUGUGGAUUUUCUGGAUGAGAAAGUGGUUUUGGCAUUUCGGCAUCUGAAACUGCCAGCAGAAUGGAAUGUGUUGGGAACAGACCAGACGCUUAAUGAGAGUAGCCCCCGGGAGACGUUGUUGCAUUUUGCAGUGAGGCUGGGCCUUCUGAGGUUGACAUGGUUUCUGCUACAGCAGCCAGGUGGAAGAGGAGCUCUUUGCAUCCACAACAACGAAGGGGCUACACCUGUGAGCUUGGCCUUGGAGCGGGGCUAUCAGAAGCUACAUCAGAUUUUGACAGAAGAGGAAGCUGGUGAACCAGACUCUUGGAGCACUUUGUCUCAUAUAGUGCACUCGGGGGACUACUGUGUGAAAUACCACCGUGGGCUGAAUGUUUAUACGCUAACGGCUGAAGCCAAGGAAGGAACAAAUGCCGGCAUGGAACAUGACAUAGAGCAGCUCCAGAAAUUCAUAGCGAGCCACCAGCACACGACUGCAGCCAAACACCCAGAGCCUGAGCUGAGAACUUCAGAGGAUAACUGCAAUAUAGGAACAGAGGCGGAGGGUUUUCUGGCUGCUGCAGCCCCCCUCUUGGAAGAAAUGCCAACAGAAGGAAGCAAAGAAUGCCCUUCUGCACUGGUUAACUUUGAUGUGAGGCAGCUCUCAGCCCCAACGGGCCACCAGGAGAACCAAUGUGACAGUGGGAGUUUGGAAGUGCUUAACGACACAUCAAGUGAUUUGUUGAGCCUGGCGCGUAUAGAGAACCCAGGGUUUUCCUGUGAAAGUAAAAAUACAGCUACGUUGAGUAAAAAGGAAGAGGAGGGACCAGCCGCUAUUGUAGACUCUGGGACGGUAUCAGAUAAAAAUGACUGCACACUGAUCUUGGCUGCUGGAGUAAACGGUGCUGCAAGCCUUCCAUCCUGUGGAAAUACAAAUGAGGAAACCGGAAUGACAUCCACUGGAGUUGUUUUGAGUCAAGCCAGCCUGUGUAGUAGAGAUAAUACCCAACAGGAAGUGCAAAUCGUUGAAGAGUGCACAACUGAAAGCUCUCUUCCUGUGGCUGAAACUGCAUGCAAAGCCCUAACGCCCUGGGAGGGUGUGGAUGUGGCUAUGGGCCAGGCAGAAUGCAAGAACUGUACAGGGUCGGUGGAUGCUGUUUCAAUCCAGCAGCAUGUGGAGAAUGGAGAAGAUGAGACCCGGGGUUCAGGAACUUCAAGUCUGAAAGAGCUGCCCCCAGCAGGUGGGGAGUCGAUCCAUGCUACUGAGCCCUUUCUUGCGGCGUCACCAAAAUCUCCAAGAGAAGGUGGGGAAUGUGGAGAUGGACAAGGGAUGCAGGCACAGGAAAGUGCAAAUGCACGUGUCGACAGUGAUAUUACCCCUGUUGGCCAUGGGGAGACAAGUGGCAGCGAAGAGAGUGGAACAGACCCGAACACCAAAAAUGCAAAGAUUGGUUUGCCAGAGGGCUUAGUCCAAGGUGAACCCCUUGUACAGCAGAGGCAGAGUAUGAUUGCCAACCCUGGAGAGGAGCUGCUGGUUGUGACUGAAAUAAAGGUUUCAGAGAAUGCAUUGAAAUGUGAUCCUGUUGUUUUGGAAGUGAAUAACAAUAGUAAGAGUGGUGAGCAGGGUGUGCAGGUGGAAGAUGGAAACGCAGACCUUGGGCUGAAUGAACUGGUUUUGAGUGACAAUGUGGAGAAUAAUUCUGAAAUGAAAAACAGUCCCCUUGACAGGUCUGGUCCAAGUGAUGCAGAGACUGUGUGUUCCCUUGAAAGCAGUAAAACCAUUGCAAUUGUAGCUGAAGGCGAAGGUGACAGUGAAGCCCUUAAAAAGAUGUCACUAGGAACUGAAACUACCAGCAGAGGAAGCACAGAUUCGGCAGAGGAACGCCAGGGGUCUGCUGGCACUUGCCACGCUGAGAAUCAAGCUGUUUUAAAAGGUGAAAUGUGUGACACUGCUUCAGCUAGCAAAUGUGAGCCUGGGUCACAACCUCCAUUUGACGCAGGUUUGUCCUCAGCAGAAAAAGAGCCUCUGCAAAACCAAUUGGUGGCAUCAGAAAGCAUUUCUGAACAGGAGGGGGUUGGCAAGCAAAUCAAAUCAGUCUCGUCUCCCUUGUUUAAAGGAGAUGUACAACAGGGACAGGCAAUCGGUCAGGAGAGAGAUGCUGCAGUGGCACCUCCAGGACAGGAGGCGUCUGUGCAUGGUAAUGAUCCUGUCUUCUCUUCAUGUGGCAUGGGCACAGAGCGUAUCCAGGAUAAUUUAAUGGACACACCCUCUGCAAUUCAUAAUAAAGAAUCUAAACAAAACCAGGAAGUAGCAGCAGUAGCAGAGACGGCAGUGCUUGCUGAACCGGACAGUUCUAUGCAGGGUAAGAUAACCGCAGAAACUAGUUUGCCUAAAGACAGUGGGGGAAAAGAGGGCUUUGAUGAGCAAAGUCUGUCACAGCCGGCUGAAGAGAGCAAAGCUGAACCCAGUCAGGAGCGGUGUGAAAAUGGGACACUUGGCAAAGAGAAGUGUUUGUCCGAGGAGCCUGCUGCUGCUGCUAUUGUGAAAUCCUCUGUUUGCAGUCAGGGCGAGGAGUCUGCAGCGAAUGACAGUAACGCAGAUAUUGGGCUGAAAGGGGAAAUCUCCUGUCAGGAAGCAGAUGACAAUGCAACAGUGGAUGCAGAAGAAAGUAUUGUACAAGGGUCUGAAUCUGAGUACAAAUGGCUGGAUGCGAAGAAUGACCCUCCUAGCGACACAAUGUUGAACCAAGAAUGUGAUCUCAGUCAGGGGGCACAGGGAGGCUCUCUGCAAAACAAAGCACCAGAAUUAAAGGAGGUCUCUAUUAUGGAAGCACCUUCUGUUGCCUUUGAGAAUAAGGCACCUUUAGGUGUAGCUGAGACAUCCACCGUACCAGGUGAUCCAGAAGAGGAGGAGGAGAUGAACAAUGUACUCUCCAGAGCAUCGCUUCAGCCUAUUGCAGAAGAACCCCCCUGCGACAGCGACUCCAGCACUGACACCAUCUGUUUGGCUAGUGAGAGCGAAGCUGGGUCUGAAGUGAAAGAAGCCCAGCGACAGGUCUUGGAUUGGCCCAACAAAGAUCAAGAGGAGCAGAGCAAUGGCGUGCUGGAAGCGUCUCUCUCACAGUCACAUCCAUACAAUAUAAAUGCUGCUGCUGAGCUGACAGAUGACGUGGGGGCAAAGAGCUUGGUUCCAGAGGCUGAUGGCUCCUGGCUGGAUAAAGUUGCCAAUACGGUGAAAAGUCCCGAUGGAUUUGUUUCUAUAUUGGAAACUUCUUCUCUCCCUGAGUCCGCAGUUGGGAAUCUAGAGUGUGUACCUGUUGGGGUUCUCUCCCCAUCCCCUCCUGAAACCCAAGUGAUUACGGGAGAUAUCCUUAAUGGAGAAAUGGAUUUAAGUUUGCAGUUUGAUGAACCAACGAAGAGGGGGGAUGCAAACUCAGAAGUGCUAGGAUCUGAGUCUGUUACAGAAAAGCUGGAGAUGAAAACUGAAGAUGAGGUGGAUUUUUUGAAAGACCUCGGAGAGCAUGCAGUUUCUGAAGAAACAAUAAAUCGCGAAAGCUGGUGUUCAAUAGAGCCAUGUUCAGAUCCUUCACUGCUGGAGCCGACGCAAACUCAUGAAUCUAGAGAAUGUGAAAAUUUCCUGGAAGAUGGGCUGAGUGGAGACUGUGCCUCAUCACAGGGUGUCCUGAAAAGAGAAACUGGAAGCGAGUCUGAACUCUUCCCCUUGCCUGGCGAUGGGAUGGAUGACAUCGUCUUUGGAAAGCCUGAAGAGGAACAGUCUGCUUGCGAUGUCACCAGUUCCAGCUCAUCGGCAGACGACACAGUCUCUUUGGAGAGGAAUUCCUCUCUUGGGAGUGACAUAUCCCUUCCACAUGCUCUAAACUUCAACAGGCCUAAGGAGAGGCACACUCUGGAUGGAAACGGCAUUGACAUGGGAGCCGCAGGGGGACGGGAGAGUGAACUUGGUGGCUCGGGCGAGAUGGAAGAAGAGAUGGACAGUAUUACAGAAGUGCCUACCCACUCCUCUGUCUUAAGAAAUUCCAUGCGACCACUGUCACCAUUCCGACGGCACAGCUGGGGGCCGGGGAAGAAUGCUGCCAAUGAGGCAGAAAUCAAUCACAGGAGUUCAAUGCGAGUUCUGGGGGAUGGUAUAAGGAAGCCUCCCAUUCAUAGGAGAAGUUUGAGCUGGUGUCCCUCUGGCGUACAGUACAUUACCAUGGGUGCUGACUUUAAUUGUAGAAGUUACAGCCUAGAAGGCCUUGCAGGAGACUCCGAUGAUAACAAGAAGCCCUCCUCAAAUUUAGAGACUUCCUCUUUGAGUUCCAAAGACCUCAGGCGAAGUCCACUUGCUAGUGACGAACGUGGCUCCUUGGUCUCACUCACUGAAGAGGAAGUAGAAUCUGAGCAGGGGGAGAUCAGAGGCUUUGACCGUCAGAUACGCCAAAGAUCACAGCCGCAUGGAUUUAGUUUCUGUACUUCUGCCACUUCUCCGCUGACCAAAUCCAUUUCGCUAAUGACAAUCACUCAACCAGGACUAGACACCCAGAGACGGACUCGACCAUGCGGACGAAUCUCCUUCUCCUUCAGCAUCUCUCCGCUCAUCCCUAAGUCUAAAACUCUCUUUUCUGUUGGCUCUUCUUCCAGUGAUGAGGAGGAGUUGGAUAGCACACGAUCGUUCAACAGCACCAGUAGUUCAUUGUCUCAGAGUGUGUCUGAAGAGAGCGGCAACUUCCUGCCUCCCAGCCCCUCCAGGAAAGAUUUAGAAGGGAAAGGUGGAACAAAAGUCAGUCGCACCUUCAGCUAUCUCAGGAAUAAAAUGUCCAGCAGCAAGAAGAGCAAAGAAAAAGAGAAAGAUAAGGAGAAGACUAAAGAGAAGGACAAAGAUUCCAAGGAGAAAGAAAAAGACAAGAAGAUGUUAAAUGGACACCUCUUCAGUGCAACCCCUACCGUGGGUCCAGUCAACUGUUACCACUGUAUGAAACCUUUCAACAAAGAUUCACACCUCUGUGCAAACUGCAAUGCAAUUGUUCACAAAGGCUGUAAGGAGAGUCUCGCAUCCUGUGCAAAAGUCAAAAUGAAGAUACAAAAAGGGAUGCUUCAGGCACACGAUACCUCUUCGUUACCCACAGUAAUUAUGAGAAACAAGACCUCACAACCUAAGGAGCGCCCUCGGUCUGCAAUACUUGCCCCUGAUGAAAACACAGUAACCUCAAUAUUCAAUAACAGGAGAUCACAGCAGACCACAACACUUUCAAAAAGCGUCUCAAUACAGAACAUUGCAGGAGUUGGUAAUGAUGAAAGCAUGAUACAGACUUGGAAAUUCCUGUCACAGUCAACAGACUCCUUACAUAAAAUCAGCCGAGUGAAUGAAUCCACGGAGUCGCUAACUGAUGAGGGUGCAGACAUGAAUGAAGGACAGCUCAUGGGGGACUUUGAGAUGGACUCCAAGCAGCUGGAGGCAGAAUCCUGGAGUCAAGUAGUUGACAGCAAGUUUUUGCGGCAGCAAAAGAAAGAUAUCGUCAAACGGCAAGAUGUCAUAUAUGAGCUGAUGCAGACAGAGAUGCAUCACGUCCGCACUCUGAAGAUCAUGAGUGAUGUGUACAGCAGGGGGAUGAUGCAGGAGUUGCAGUUUGAACAGCAAAUGGUGGAAAAGGUCUUUCCUUGCCUGGAUGACUUGCUGAACAUCCACAACCAGUUCUUCCAGCGGAUUCUGGAGAGGAAGAAAGAGUCCCUGGUGGAAAAAAGUGAAAAGAACUUUGUUAUCAAGAGGAUAGGAGACAUCCUGGUGAAUCAGUUUUCCGGUGAGAAUGGGGAGAGAAUGAAGAAAACUUACGGCAAAUUCUGCGGGCACCACAACGAGGCUGUAAAUUAUUUCAAAGACCUGCAGUCAAAAGAGAAGCGGUUUCAGGCAUUCAUCAAGAAAAAAAUGAGCAGCACGGUGGUGAGACGCCUGGGGAUUCCUGAGUGCAUCUUACUAGUAACUCAAAGGAUCACAAAGUAUCCCGUGAUAUUACAAAGAAUAUUACAGUAUACCAAAGAAAACGAAGUGGAACAUCAAGACUUGACCCAGUCACUAAACCUGGUUAAAGAUGUGAUUGCUGCGGUCAAUAGCAAAGUCAGCAACUAUGAAAAGAAAACACGCCUUACUGAGAUCUACACCCGGACGGACAGCAAGUCCAUCAUGAGGAUGAAGAGCGGCCAGAUGUUUGCCAGGGAGGACUUGAGACGUAGGAAGCUCAUCCGAGAUGGGCCUGUUUCACUGAAGAACACAGCUGGGAGACUGAAAGAGGUCCAGGCUGUCCUCCUCUCAGAUAUGCUGAUAUUCCUUCAGGAAAAGGACCAGAAGUAUGUCUUUGCCUCAUUGGACCAGAGAUCCACUGUAAUCUCUCUGAAGAAACUGAUUGUACGAGAAGUGGCCCAUGAGGAAAAGGGUUUAUUCCUAAUUACCACCGUAGUGAAAGAUCCAGAGAUGGUCGAAGUCCAUGGCAGCUCGAAGGUCCUUCGGAUGAGAGAGAUACAAAUAAUUCAGGACACAAUUAACACUAUGGAUAAAGACGAAGAUGAAGGAAUCCCUAGUGAAUCAGAACUGGAAAAGAGAGUGUUGGACACCAAAGCCAGAGAAUUAAAAGAACAGCUUCAGCAGAAAGAUCAGCAGAUCCUAGCGCUGCUGGAGGAAAAGGAGAAGAUUUUCCGGGAUAUCACUGACUGUAGCAUGCAAGAGGAUGGCUCGGUCUCCAGAGUGCUGUUCAGAUCCAAUACAGAGGAGGCACAAAAAGGGGAGACCAUUAUGAAAAGUGCAAUAAACGAGGUUGAAUAUUUGCAAAGCUUGAUCAGUAGGAGUCUAGGGAGUGCACUUGGGGCUGCUGACCUGCUGCCAAACUCUGAGCAAGAAGGGGGAGUCGGCCCCAUCUCCCUUCCUAGAAGAGCAGAAACUUUUGGAGGAUUUGACAGUCAUCAGAUGAAUGCAUCCAAGUGUGGAGAGAAAGAUGAAGCUGAUGAUGCUCAGGAUCUUCGGAGAACAGAAUCAGACAGCAUUUUGAAGAAGGGGGGAAAUGCUAAUUUGAUGUUCGUGUUGAAAAGAAACAACGAGCAUGUUCUCCAAAGCAUUACCUACCUCCACAACCUGCUCAGCACUCUGCAGGGAGUCGUGUUGCAGCAGGAUACUUAUAUUGAGGAUCAGAAGCUGGUUCUCAGUGAGAGAGCGCUGACACGGAGCUCCUCCCGGCCAAACUCCUUGAUCGAGCAGGAGAAACAGCGUAGCCUGGAGAAGCAGCGCCAGGAGCUGGCCAACUUGCAGAAGCAGCAGGCCCAGCACCAGGAGGAGAAGCGGAGGAGAGAGAAGGAGUGGGAGGUCCGGGAGAAGGAGCUGAGCGAGCGGGAAGUGCAGCUCGCCCAGCGAGAGGAGCAGGCACAGAAGGGUUACCGGGAUCUGGAAAGGGAGAGGGAAGAGCUGAAGCUGAAGAAAGAAGCCUACCAGCUGGAUCUGGAGCGGCUGCGAGCAGCACAGAAACAACUGGAGAGGGAGAAAGAGCAGCUCAAGAGAGAUGUGGAGCGAUUACCCCCAGUGCAGACAGAGCCUGACCUCAGACAGGUUUCAAACCCCCAUGAUAAAACGGUGAGGAUCCCCUCCCAGCCCACCGCUGAGGACUCCAAGCAGCACAGUUCUUCCCUUCCCAAACAGGGGCACUUUGAUGCAGGACUGUCUGUGUCGCCCAAAAGGAACAGUCUCUCAAGGACACACAAAGAGAAAGGCACUUUCCACUUGCUUAGCGCAACGAACCAGACUAACAAGGCAGCCGAGGUGCAGCAGCCCACCCGCCUCUUCGGUUUAUCCAAGCCAAAGGACAAGAAGGACAAGAAGAAAAAGGGCAAAGGACACCGCUCCCAACCUGCUGAUGCUCAUUCAUCAGAAGCACCACCAGAUGGCGAGGAGAUCUUCUGCUGAAUGUCUGCUCCUAGUUCUGCAGGGAUGAGCCUCCCUCUCCACUGUACUGUGUUAGAAGCUGUACAUGCAUCUGAUGGGGCCAAAGCAUGAGCAGCUGUCCCUCUGCACAUCAAUCAUUCUCAGCCUUUGUACAGUGGAAACCUCCCCGCCCACAUUUUGCAGCACACGUUUGGCUCCUGCGCCCCACCAGCUCUCUCCGUGUUAAAUAAAACAUUCGUAAAGGCUGCACGUGGUGGGAAAGGGGCUCUGUCCUGCGGUUUUUUUAUGAAUUCUGGCUGCAGAGGCUGACCACUCGGGUGCAAAUCUCGGUUGAAAGUAGGAAUAGAUGUUCCCAGUCUCCUCUUACUGCUAAAGGAUGAAAGACUAUGGCCCAAAGGGUCUGUGCCUCCAAAUUCUCCUUUUCUGGGGAAUACAACCAAAACCAAGCAUUUAGCAAAAGGCCAGGACUUUGAAAAUGGUGCGUACACACUGGCAUAUAGAUAUACUGGAUAUAUAUAUGUAAGUGUCUAUGUAUUCACUGGGAUUUACAGUCUGUACAGACAAACUGGGUUAGCUUAGCUCGGCCCAACGAUACCUGAUGACUUUCAGGGAGCAUGUAGAUAUUAAAUAUCUUAGCCUUAAUGCUCAGAGUGUAUCUUUAUUGGCCCUCAUGCCCCUUCCAAGCACAUUGUAUGUUACAUGCUUCAUUUCAGAAAGGUACCAAACACUAGGCAGCAGCAACAGUGUAAAAAAAAAAAUACAAUCAGAAGUUACUCCCAAAGGAUUUCUUUGGGACAGAGGAAUUAAAAUUUAAUCCGAUUGGAGCACCAAACAAAAUGUCUUUGGAUGUGUUAAAAACACGAUCCAGAAAGGAAAAAGGAUGCUGUACUUGUGAAGUAAUCCCAGGAAGCCAGAACAGACUGUGUUCAAGUGACAACUGCUUUUUAAUGUGUGUGAGUUACAGUCCAUUCCCUCCUCUUCCUGAGCAAGGCUUUCUUUGUCAGAUUACGUUUCUCCGGCAAGAUGUCAUUUGGGAUCAACACUGUCUUGUUACAAAUUCACUGUCCCAUCAUAAAAACCCAAGAGAACCUUCCAUUCGGGAAUCACUUUUUUUAACCUACUGCCUGUGAUUUUCUUCCCCUGGCGUUUCUUAGUGAUGCCAUCUGUAUGAUCACUGGGCUUCUGUUUCUCCAGAUUCCGUCAGCUCGUAUAGCUCAUUUCUAACCCAAAGCAACUUCAUAGCAAUUUCCAGAGCACUCAAACAAGAUGGCAGAGGUUGUAACCUGAGGUGGGGAAUAACUUGUGUGAGCAGAUGAACAGGAAGGAACAUAAAGCCUAGUAUUUAUGCACGUACAGUCCUGUGUGCUUACAUACACUUACUAGGGAGACAGUGUCCCCUAAUGGGCCGAACGUUCAGGAGGCCAGAGUCCUGCUCCCAGUACCAUCAUUGACUCACUGUGUGCAAGUCUCCUAGCCGCUCUUUGCCUCAGUUUCUCCAUCUGCAAAAUUGGGAUCGUAAUCAUUCCCUGUGAGAAUUAGCAGAUGUGCCCCCAAUGCAUUCACGAUGCAAGGUGUUAUACGAAUGCUAAGUACGGUGGUAAUGUGUGAAGACCAAGGGAGAUACAUGCACCAAGCUGAAUUUUUGUUUCUAAAUUCUGUUCUUUCCACACACCUCAGGAGAUUUGCCUAAGCAGAUUUGUAAAUGUCAUGAGACUCUAUCCGCUUUGAUCCCUUGAGCAGUUUGAAGCUGUUGUGGUCAUUUCUUUUCCCACAGAUUCUCCUUUUUUAAAAAAAAUUUGCACUAUGUUUUGAUUCUUAUUUGCUUUAGAUCUCCUCACAUGCUAGUUACAUGCAGUAGAUUUCAGAAUUCUGUGCUAGCCUUUGUAAUAACGAGCAACAGCAACAUGGGUGCUUAGAUUGGUCUGUUCGGAUCAGUGGAUUCCUGAAUAGCCUGCUUGCUUUUGAAGCUCUCUGAACAAUUUGUACUCAAAAAACAAAACAAAAGAAGUAAGAUGUUUUCUGAGGUUAUAUUUUUGUUUUGUUUUUUUAAAUAUUAUUUGGUGCUUGUUCUUAAUUGCAAGCUGGGCUUGCAAAAAUAUUUAUCUUUCUGUUUAUUUGAAAGAGUUCUGGUUUAGAAAAAAGUUUAUUUUGUUUUAUUUUUUUAUUUUUCUUUUGUUUUUUUAAAGAUGAGCUCUAUCAACCCAAUGGUUUUAUUUUGUCAUUGCACAGUACAAAACCAGGGUAUGUUCAGUGCUGCAUAGCAGCCCGUGUCCUGCCUGAAGAGCGGUUAGGUACAAGUGAUUCCGGCUGGAGAGCUGCUUUCAAGGCGAAGUAUCUCCAGGCCAGAUACAAAUUUGGGAAGAGAGGCAGUGGUUUUUGUAUGGAACCUUGCUGGUCCUCCGUUUUCUUGUUUAAACAGGUUUGUGUUAUAUAUUCCCAUACCUCUUUGAGGCGAGGUAAAAAGCCAAAUAUUGCUCUUGUUGGAAGGGCCUGAUUCGCUGCCGUUGGAAACCAAUGGGUGUCUUUCCAUUGGCUUCAGCGGGCAUUGGUUCAUGCCCUAAGGCUGGAGUGUGAGUUUUAGAAAUAGGAGAAAACAACAGCCACCGCUAAUUUAAAGAACCUCUGCCUUAAUAUUCGCCUGCUUGUGAAAGUGAAUGUGCUAAAAGGAAAUGUGGGAACCCAAUCCAGUGUAUGGCAUGGUUACCAAUUUGUACACACAACUUGUCUGGCUGGUAUUUUUGAAGGAUCCCAUUUAGUUUGUAGGAGCGUUUGCCCGUGUGAGUGCUUUCUUCUGCCCCAGUGAUGCAUCUCCUCUCCACAAAGCCAGCACUUCUUGACCUUACAAAACAGCACACCUAAAUAGAGGCACCUCCCCCAAGGGCAGUGGGGAUGCAUUGCCUCUCUCUCCAGUCCUAUUGUAAAUAGAAUGGCAUUCAAUGCACUGUGUAAGCUCAGUCUGGAUUUCACCAAGUGGAUGGCUGCCCAUGUUGUUAAAGUUAUUUGUGUUUGUAUUGUGGUGAACAGAAACCCUUUGUCAUUGGAGGAUACAAAUUGUUGCGUGAUUUGAGUAUAUUCGAUUAAAGACUGUAGUCCCGCCCUCCUCUUUUCUCCAUUUUCUUUCAUUUUUAGGGAACUGAAGGUUGGGUUUUUUUAUCCAUUUUGCUCAAGUUUUCCUUGAAAAGUUGGAACUGGUCCAUGGAGAUGGAUUCCCACUCUGAUCCCUGCAGAUUAUCCAGCAUUACCCAGAUAGUGCAUGAGUGCAUGGUCCCAGGUGUAGUGUUAAGUGGGUCAGUUUUAGCAGCACCAAUGUUUUAUUUUUUUUCCUUUCCUGACCUUCAUUAAUGAAUUAUGUUGUUCCACUUCCAUGCUUGGCAUCUAACUCAUGUUUGUUGAGUGCACUUUAUUUCCCACUGGGCUUCUAAGGCAUGAGUCCUCUCAGAAGUCACCUGCUAUGUGUUGUGCUGCUGCACAGUUCAGAAGUGGCUGCACGAAUUCCUUACUGGAAAAGAGUCAUUUGCAAGGAGCUGCAGUUUGAGCUCCCUUUGCUAGUUUGUCAUUGAUGGGAGCGUCGGAUCUCCCUUAGGCUUGUGGCAAGGCUUGGCAUGGUAACUGUUACUACACAGUAGAAGGAGCUUCAGAGAAUAGCAGAGUGAAGGAUGCAAUUUCAGCAUAAAAUAUAUCAGGUGGUCACUAUUAGGGAACUUCUGGUCACACCAGCAAUCUGUGAUCAGACUGCAGCUGUAGCAAACGGUCCCUAGAAUCGAAGGGAUUGCCUGGGAUUUGAUGUCCGCAUCUUUUACAUGAAGUUAUCAUCUCAAUAUAUAAUUUUCGCUUUAAAUGGAGUCUGUCUUGUCACUUCCUUCGUUGCUUUUUGGUUAUAUUGAGACAAUCAGGCAAAUUCCUUCCCCUCCCCAUCCCUAAUACAGUCUGGGAAGGAGGUUAGAAGUUACAAAAUAUUUAAGUGUGAAGUCUGCAUAAUUUCGGCUUUGAAGAGAUGUAGGAGCCGUGGUGGGAAAGAAGCUUUCCGUGUUAUUUUGUUUAGCCCAAAGUUCAGAAUGUGUGAAUUUUACCACUGUCCCCUUCCAGAUGUAGUGAGCUGAGAACCCUCUCUUUCCUUGUGGGAUUCAUCUAUUCCUCAGCCUUUUGGUUAAUCCCUUCGGAAACCUAGCCCAACUCCCCGGCUUGGACGUGACGCUGGAGGAAAAUCAAGAGCAGCAAUGCUGCCAGCGGGUUGAGGCAGGGGUUGGAGGGAUUGGCUUCCUCCCGGGUAAAGCAGAGACAUGGCAUUGGCAUCAAUAUCACCUCCCUAGCAAGGGUGGAGAAUGCUGUGUAAAGAGCAACACUUCCAUUGAGGUCUUACUAGAGAAAGAGGAGAUAGAAAGUAAGAAACUCGGAGUAAGGCAUGUAGCCAAUGAGUGAAGUGCAAUGAGGCUGUUUGCGUGUACUAAACUCUUUAUUAUACAGUACCUCCGGGGACCUCAUAGGCUGUGUCUCUGGGAUGGGAGCACUUGCUUUCAGUUGAGAUGGCUGGAGCUUUUCACUACAGAUAGCUCUUGAAGUCUGACCACAGGUCUAAAUUUAGAUUGGUCUGAUUUAUAUUUUCUUUCACAGGUAUUUGUAGAGUCUGGUAAUCUUCACACCUUCUUUGGGUUCCUAAAACACCCUGAAGCUUUCACUGAUCCAGUCCACUAUGCCAGAGAGCCUUGAAGACAGGCUAGGGAGAGUGUAGUGGGUGCCAAUCUCAUGGGAGUUGUCUGGGAUAGCCGGAUAGCUAGGCAAGGGAAGACUGGUCAGAGGUGGCAACAAAGGAUUUGAUUGCCCCUUUAAACUUACCAUAACAUUCCUUGUUAACCCGAACUCUGGAAACUAUUCUGCCUGCUGGCCAGGUUUGUAAACUUAAAAUAAUUUAAGUUAACCUAUGAAAUAAAUCCUCCCCAAGUACUCGUAAUCCUUACUUCAUUUGUCAGAAGGGGCAGCGAUCCAUGAUUAGUUCUCUCUCCAAUGGUCUAGCUAAGUUUUAAAGAUAGGCAAGCUGAACUGGCUUAGGCUUGGACCUCUCACGCUCUUGAGUAAUCGGAAGACCACUAUCAAUAUCUCUUUUAGGAUCUCAUGGCCUUUUCCCUGCACACGCACUUCACUGACAUUGAAGUUCUGCCCUAAAAUAUUCUGCUUCCGUUGCCUGGAGGGACGAAAGGAUGUAGUUCGCUGCUUUGCAUACAGCAGUAACCUUUGUAUGUAUUUUUAAAAGUCUAUAAAUAUUGAUCACAUUCACACUCUUAUGUAUUUUUAACUCUAUUCUUGAUUAAUAAUGAACACUGACUAUGUCCAGUUCAGUUUGCCUGUGGUUAAAGUUUAGCCUCGUGUUUAUUUUGUACUAAUAUGGAAUGCACUAGAGCAAUCCACAGACUGUUGAGGAUGCGCAUUAUAAUAACACUCUAUACCUCUGCAUCCAGUUCUUGGGUUUUUUUAUGCUUUGCAUUUUUUUUCAUGUUGAAUCUGUAAAAUAAAUAAAAAUAAAAAAGUUAAAACGUUGCAAAAAUAAAAUUUAAAAAAGAGGGUAAAACAAUAAUUGCUGUAUGUUAAUUUGUAAUUAUGUAAAAAGUGAGCAGGUUAUUGUCUGUAAAAUUCUUCAGUUUUUCUGUAAUUUGCCAGAACCCAUCAGGUUUUGUAACAAGCUUUUAUUUAUCUUCCUUUCUAGUUAGCAGCAACCUCUUGUAAAGUCAUUUUUUUCCCUCUAAAUAAAUUUGAUUUUAAGUCU